CACGCUAUAAAAUAAUUGGUGGAUAGAACCAUGAUCUCAUACUCCGGUUUCUUAAACGUGUCAUUCACAAAUCACAAUGUAAUUGACCGUUGAGAUCUUCUCAUCAACACACAUACACAAACAAGAACUCAACAAUUAACCUAACCUAAUCAAUCAAACCUUCUCUAUGAUCAUCAGAUCAGAAGUUUGAACCAAAAAAUGGAAUUAGAAAUCACAGUAAGAUGGUGCAAAGGCUUAACAGCAUUCAAUUUCUUCCAGAAACUCACACUUUUUGUAUGUGUUUCGUUAAUUUCUAAAGAUGAUAACCUAAAACUCACCCAAGAUCAGAAACAAGAACAGAAAACUCCUGAGGAUCAUAAUGGGGAAGGUAAUCCGGAAUGGAAUCAUACAAUUAAAUUCGAUUUACGCCUUCUUAAUUCCAUGAAUUCAAAUUUCAGUACUUAUUCUGUUCGAUUCGAAAUUCGAAAUCCUGGUCAGUUUUUUGGGGAUAAAAUUAUUGGUGAAGUUUGUGUUCCAUUGAAGGAUUUGAUUCAAUCUGUUGGUGCAGGAGUAACCAGAUUUGUUAGUUAUCAAGUGCGUAAUCCAGAUGUUAAGAGUAAUGGGAUUCUUGAAUUUUCUUAUAAAGUGAUUGGUAAUAACCCUAAUUUUAGCCCUAUUUCUGAUGUUCAUAUCACUGGUUACCAUCAUCAUCAUCAUCAUCAUCAUCACCAUCAUCAUGAGCAAUUAGAUCAUAAUGAUCAUUAUACAUCUGGAUUAGUAGCUGAUUCAGAAAAAAUUCAGUAUCCAAAACUUGAUUACAAUUCGACAGAUUCAGUUCCACCAUUAGUUUAUCCUCCCAAUUCAUAUUCAUCAUUGUAUUCAUAUGAUACAUUAUCAUCAUCAUCAUUCACAUCAAUGACUACAAACCAUUGUCAUCCUUCUACUCCAUCUCUGUACCCACCACCAGCUCCACCACAAACGUGGGCUCUACCUUCUCCGGCACUUUAUCCGCCACCUCCGCAACCACAUCUUGAUGUUUAUCCACCACCUCCUCCGCCAACGCAACCAUAUGGAGACCCACAUUGGGGAUGUCACAAUUCAUCUGGGUAUCAUCAGUGGGCAUGAAUCAAAAUGUGUUGGAACAUAUUUUGGAGUUGAGGUUUACAUUUUUUCACAUGGUUGGAAAGGGAAAUUAAAGAUUGGUGAUGGAACAUUGUGUCCUUUCUUUCUAUUCCAGUUUUUUGAGUUGUGUUUUUUGACAAAUGUGCAGAAGCAUUGUCCGGGUCAAUCUGAUUAAAAAAUCUAUCAACAUUGAUGGUAGCCAGAGUUAAUUCAGCAUGCUGAGAGUUCGGCAUAUUCUAUGUUAGUAUCUUGAAUUCGCUAGCGUUUUUGAUAUGGGUUAAAUUACUGAAGAAAGGUUGAUUUAUUGGGAAAUUGAAUCAAUGUUGAUUGAAAAUGAAGGGAAUUGGGAAGAAAAGGGAAUCAUAAGGGUGAAUAUUGGCAUCAAAAUUAAAUUUGUUAUGGUCCAGUCCAAAGGGGUUGGCUUUGUGUGGUUAUAUUUUGUUCAUACCAAUUAAGUUUGAUGAUUACUUUAUUAGCUUUUUACAUUCAGAUGAGAAAUUUUUGUAAAGUUCAAUAAGUUUCAUUCCAUACGACGUUGUUGAAGUGUGGUGUUAAAUGAAUAAUGGCAGUUUACUAUAGGUCAUUGCCCCAAGCUACAUGCCAGCAUAUUGGAUGAGCGUCAUAUGAGCUAAGACCGACAUAAAGUGUGUUGUGAGAAUCGGAUCUUAUAUCAGGAGAGAGUAAAUAUCACUUUCAGGAACUGUUUUGAAUUUGAUUCUCAAUUAACUUAUUUAUUUUCUUUUUUUUUUUUACUUAGGAUAUAUUUUUUUAUGAGGCAAUUUACAAACCCCUUAGCAUUUGAGCUAAUGAAAUGGUAUACCAAAUUCAGCUACUUUUAUUCGUUUA